UAUUCCUCUUUAAAAUCCCUCUCUGAAAAUGUCAUGUCCCAACAAUGUGACUUCUAACUCGUUUUUGAUGGACUCGUUAGCCGGUACCUGCAGAGGGGAGAAUUAUUCCUCUAACCAAGGAAUGUACAUGCAGUCUGGGAACGACUUCAACUGUGGGAUGAUGAGGAACUGUGGAAUCAUCCCGUCUCUUUCCAAAAGAGACGAGGUGAAUAACGCCAGCCUGUCUCUCAGCACCUAUCCAUCUUACCUUUCUCAGCUAGACACCUGGUGUGACCCCAAAAAUACUUACCGAAUCGAACAACCUGUUGCGAGACAACUCCCCUCCUGCUCUUUCCCGACCAAUGUCAAGGAAGAAAAUGCCUGCUGCAUGUACAACGCAGACAAAAGGGCUAAAAACGCCACCGAGGCGACCCUCUACCCCAGUCAGAUGCCUGAAUCUUGCCUCAGUGACCAUGAAGUCCCCGUGCCCAGCUACUACCGCGCCAGCCAAGGUUAUUCCUCCAUGGAGAAGGCGUCCAACUGCAACAACCCGACCGAGUUUGAGGCAACUUUCGAACCCAGGGCGAGCCUCAGCCAGAGGAGUGAGCAUCUGGAGCAACCGCAGCCGCCACCACCUCCGCCACCACCUCCACCGCCGCCACCAUCUCAGCCACCACAGCCGCAGCCGCCGCCGCCGCAGCAGCCAACUCCACUUCCCCAACCCGGAGCUAAAGUCAGCUUCCCUGAAAACACAAAGCCGGAGAACCCUCAGAACACGCCGGCCAACGAAAUCAAAACCGAAAAAAGUCUCCCCGUGGCCAAAAUCAGUCCGUCGGAAUCUGAGAAGGACCUGAGCAAAUGCACAGACACCAGCACUGACAAUUCGGACAACGAAGCGAAAGAGGAUAUAAAGGCAGAAAACACUACAGGAAAUUGGCUGACAGCAAAGAGCGGAAGAAAGAAAAGAUGUCCUUAUACUAAACACCAGACGUUGGAACUGGAGAAGGAAUUCUUAUUCAAUAUGUACUUGACCCGAGAGCGCCGCCUGGAGAUUAGCAAGAGUAUUAAUCUAACAGACAGACAAGUCAAAAUCUGGUUUCAGAACCGCAGGAUGAAACUCAAGAAAAUGAACAGAGAGAAUCGAAUUCGAGAACUGACUUCCAAUUUUAAUUUCACUUGAAAGUGUUCGCGGAAAGGAUGGGGGGGGGCGGGAAAUCAUUACAAAUCUUGUGCAGUAUUUUUUUUUCCUUCCAUUUUCCUGGGUAUAAAUGCAAUGCGUGGUUGGGGGUGUAGGGGAGAGGAGACAACCAGGACCUCAGGCUAGCGUGCAGUUCUAUGAUUUGGGUAUUUACAGUUUGUAGAGCGAAGGUGCAUCCAUCGAUAUAAAGCAUGAAGAAUAUAUAUAUAUAUAUAUUGCAUCAAUGUUUCUAUGUAAAAUAAAGACUUCAGGUGGUUGCUAAAACAAACGAGAUGGGGGGGGGGAGCGCCCAGCUUUUAAGUUAUUCACGAGCAGCACAAAGAAAAGGAAAAGGGAGAUUUAAAAGAAAACAAAAAAGACUGAAGGACCCUAUCUCUAUGCCUUUUUUAUGUUUAGGAUCCUAGGUGCGUCUGAAAGUUUGCUUUUCAUAUCCUAGUGUAGUCUGCCUAUUGUAUAAUAAAAAAUGACUCCAAAUGAAUUUCAUAUGUGUCUGUAAAUGAAAGUGGGAACAUGCUCACAUGGUGUAGUUAUGCAGUCUCCUUCCAGUGAGGACCAUUAUAUUUAAAAAAAAGGAAGAAAGAAAAUAAUAAAGCAGUAUUGAUAUCUUCUGAUGAGGGAGAGGUGGAACAAGUCCGAUUUCUCUUUUUUAAUUUUUUUCCCUGUGACUGUUAUUUAAAUAUAUUCUGUAUGUGGUACCCUUUGCAUGUAUCUUCCUUUAUGGAGCCAAAUAAAUUUCUUAGAACCGU